AUGGUGCUGGUGCUGGUGGUGCUCAUCCCGGUGCUGGUGAGCUCCGCCGGUACCGACGGCCGGUACGAGAUGCUGGGGACCUGCCGUAUGGUCUGCGAGCCCUACGGCCCCGCCGCCGCGCCCCCCCCGCAACCGGCCGAACGCGGCCCCCUCCCGCCGCCCUCCACCCUGGUGCAAGGUCCCCAAGGCAAACCGGGGCGACCGGGGAAACCGGGACCCCCGGGACCGCCGGGAGAACCGGGACCACCGGGACCGGCGGGGGCGCGAGGCGAAGCGGGACGACCGGGACCCCCGGGAUUACCGGGACCGGGGGCUACAGGUGCGGUGAGCGCGGCUACCUAUAGCACGGUGCCGCGCGUCGCCUUCUACGCCGGCCUCAAGAACCCCCACGAGGGCUACGAGGUCCUUAAGUUCGACGACGUGGUCACCAACCUGGGCAACAGCUACGACGCCACCUCCGGCAAGUUCACCUGCGCCAUCCCCGGCACCUACUUCUUCACCUACCACGUCCUCAUGCGCGGCGGCGAUGGCACCAGCAUGUGGGCCGACCUCUGCAAGAAUGGUCAGGUGCGGGCCAGCGCCAUCGCGCAGGACGCCGACCAGAACUACGACUAUGCCAGCAACAGCGUCAUCCUGCACCUGGACGCGGGGGAUGAGGUCUUCAUCAAGCUGGAUGGGGGCAAAGCCCACGGCGGCAACAACAACAAGUACAGCACCUUCUCCGGCUUCAUCAUCUACUCGGACUGA